AGGGUCAACAACAUGUCACUACAUUAUCUGAACAGUUUUCGACGAAACUGAAAAAAACUUCCCGCAAAUUCAUCUAAAGAAGGUUUUUCGCAACACCGUCAUUCUCCCGAGCACAACGAAAAAACAGCAGCAAACAGCUCUGAGGAAGUGUCGUUUAGUUGCUGUAAGCGUCUGGUCCGGGGUCUGUUAGCAAAACACUUCUUUGAGGAAACAGGUCUCAUAAUGACUCUCUUUAAACUGAUCCCCGGUCAGCUAGUUGAGGAGACGUUCAGGAAGCCAGGAAGUGUGUAAUGCUACUGAUGUCAGCGAUAGCAGUCAUUACGUACCGACGGACAGUGUUUAGUUUGGACAUUAGGACGUGAAUAUUUCUCCUAACAGGUUUACACAUUUGAGUUUUAGCGAUGGAUAAGCUUCGACGUGUGUUGAGCGGCCGGGAGGAUAACGAAGAACUCGGGCUAACUGCACAGGUUCUUGAUGGCAGCUCUCUCAGCUUCAGCACCAGGGUGAAAUGGUUUGUCAUAUGCUUUGCUGGAGGCAUCCUAUGCUCCAUACUCGGUUCAGCACUGCUCUUCCUUCCUGGUUCCGGCAUCAAGCUUUUUGCUGUCUUCUACACACUUGGAAAUAUUGCAGCUUUGUCCAGCACAUGUUUCUUGAUGGGACCAUUAAAACAACUGAAGAGGAUGUUUGAACCAACAAGACUCAUAGCAACCAUUAUUAUGCUGCUCUGCUUUGUCUUAACACUUUGUGCAGUGUUUUGGUGGCAUAAAAAGGGACUGGCAAUCAUCUUCUGUAUUCUGCAGUUUUUGGCAAUGACCUGGUAUAGCAUCUCUUACAUUCCUUUCGCCAGAGAUGCAGUGAUGAAGUGCUUCACCACCUGCCUGAAUUAAAGCUCUGGAUGCUGCAGUUUCCAUGAAAACUGGUCCCAACACGCAAAG